GGUUUUUCAACCCAUAAUUUCUUUCAUAGGAGCAUAUCUUUCUCGUUCCUUGAUUCGCCUUCUUUCUUUCCUCAUCGUAUAACACACACUCAAAAAAUUAGUGGGGUUGGAAUUUGGCAUCAUCAAAAGUAUCCAAAAUCCCAGAAAAUCAUAAUCAAAAUCAAAAAAUCAUUUUUAUUUUUUAUUUUUUAUUUUUUGAGAAUUUGAGGAAAAAAUCCCCAAAAAAACCAGUUGGGAAACAUGUCAACCACCACCUCAUUGCGGCUGUUGUUGUCUCACUCACCAUCUACACCACCCUUUAAAGCUUCUUCUUCUUCAAGCCCUAGUUGGACCCACUGUUCUACUUCCCCUUCAUCUUCAGCAUCAUCUCCAUUUCAGCGAAAAUGGUUUGUGCCAAAGAGAUCUUCUUUCAGUUUUGGGAUUGGAGCAAAUCUGAGGAAUCCUGAGAACAUGGACAAAGGAAGGACAGGAAUUGAUAAUGUCACUGGCAUGUUUGGUUCUGACGAGGAGUCUGGCACUAAAAUUCCAACACAAGCACAAUCUAUUGUGGAGGGGUCAAGCUCAGUAAUGGUGUCCGAGUUUAAACCCGUUCGUGAUGUUGAUUAUAUACAGGAGUUGUUAGCUAUUCAGCAGCAAGGGCCAAGAUCAAUUGGAUUUUUUGGAACCAGAAAUAUGGGCUUCAUGCAUCAAGAGCUAAUUGAGAUACUUAGCUAUGCUAUGGUUAUCACAAAAAACCACAUAUAUACCUCUGGUGCCUCGGGAACUAAUGCAGCUGUCAUUAGAGGUGCUUUAAGAGCUGAAGUACCGGAACUGCUUACUGUAAUUCUACCUCAAAGUUUGGAAAAACAGUCUCCGGAAAGCCAGGAGUUGUUGGCUAAAGUGAAGAAUGUCAUAGAGAAGCCUCACAAUGAUCACUUGCCUUUAAUAGAAGCAAGCAGGUUAUGCAACAUGGAUAUAAUUUCACAAGUUCAGCAAGUCAUUUGUUUUGCAUUCCAUGACAGCAAACUACUCAUGGAAACAUGUCAAGAAGCAAAGAACCUUCGGAAGAUUGUAACUCUCUUCUACCUAGAUUGAGUAAAAUCGGAAUCCUUUUGUCUGUCCAUAGAUUAUUUUGGUAGGUGGAAAGAGAGAGAGAUUUCAUUGAACAGGAAAGCAGUGAAUAGUUGUUGCUACUUUGCUGGAGGAUGAAUUUCAAUUCUGGGCGAGAAAGGGUUGUUUAGCAUCCAUGGUAGAGUAGGGGAAACAAUUGAAUUAUUUCUUGACAGAUUGUUAUAUUUGAAGGAACCCAUUCGCUCCUUGUCUA